CAGAAUAGAAUAUCCGACAUUUAAAUGUAGAUUCACGCUGUAGUUGUUGUCAUUUUCUAUCGUUUCAUUAUUCAUUGAUCAUUAUUACUAUUUGUUUGGCAACUCAACCUUUGAACAAAAACUGCUUCUUCCAUAACCAUUGCGUUGGAGUGAGACUCGCGAUCUCCAAAAUGCAGAGCGCGGUUUUCUCUCUCUCUCCUUCGCUCUCUCUUCUCAAACCUCACACCCGUUUCCACCCAAACCGCGCUUCUGUUUCCAAUUCCAAACCCAACCACCUCAGUGUCGCUUCCUUCCCAUGCUCUCUUCCUUCUUCCACUCCUCUCUCUUUCAAACUCGCUCUGUUCCACUUCCAUGUCAGAGCUACCUCCGUUCCGGUGCCGGAGAGAGACUCCAAUGCCACCAACACUCUGCUCAAUACGGUGGAACUGGGAGCCCUUUUUGGCCUUUGGAUCAUCUUCAAUAUCUACUUCAAUAUAUACAACAAACAGGUCUUGAAGGUCUAUCAUUUCCCUUUAACUGUCACGGCCCUUCAGUUUGCUGUGGGUGCUCUCAUUGUAUCCUUCAUCUGGGCUUUUAAUCUCUAUAAGAGACCUAAACUCAGUGCCACCCAGCUUGCAGCAAUAUUGCCACUGGCUCUGGUACAUACGUUAGGGAACCUUUUCACAAACAUGAGUCUUGGUAAGGUUGCUGUGUCUUUUACUCAUACAAUAAAAGCAAUGGAGCCUUUCUUUUCGGUGCUCCUUUCCUCUAUGUUCCUUGGAGAGAUGCCCACUGCAUGGGUGGUUGCUUCGCUUGUGCCUAUUGUUGGGGGGGUGGCACUAGCAUCUGCUACUGAGGCCUCUUUCAAUUGGGCUGGAUUUUGGAGUGCAAUGGCUUCUAAUUUGACAAAUCAAUCUCGCAAUGUUCUUAGCAAAAAGCUCAUGGUUAAGAAGGAGGAAUCUAUGGACAACAUAACCCUCUUCUCAAUAAUAACUGUUAUGUCCUUCUUGUUAUCAGCACCUAUAACUAUCAUCAUGGAGGGUGUCAAAUUUACCCCUACUUACUUGCAAUCCGCUGGAUUAAAUGUUAGCGAAUUGUACAUGAGAUCUCUUCUUGCUGCACUCUGUUUCCAUGCAUAUCAGCAAGUUUCUUAUAUGAUACUGCAGAAGGUAUCACCUGUUACCCACUCUGUGGGAAAUUGUGUGAAGAGGGUUGUGGUCAUCGUUAGCUCUGUCAUUUUCUUCCAAACACCUGUAUCACCAAUUAACGCAUUUGGCACUGCUAUAGCUCUUGCUGGUGUUUUCCUAUAUUCCAGGGUGAAGCGACUUAAGCCAAAGACAACUUAAUUUUCAGUUGUAAAAUUUUGCUAGUUGCAUAACACACCUUGUAGUUACAUUUUAUAGGUCAGAUAGGGAUUGAGGAGGACUCUUGACCCUUACUUUUUUUUUUUUCAAGUUACGUCCUGGAUUUCAUUAUACAUGUCUGAGUAGUGUGCCUAAUGGUUCUGCUCUAUGAAAACUUUAUCACUGUUUAAAAUUUGAUUAAAUAUCACAAAAUUUUUUGUGGCCUUGUGUAUUUUAUACUUCUGUUGCCUGUAUUUGAUGACAAUUCCAACUAUGGAUUUUUAAUUAAUGAUUAUAAUAUCACGCUUUACCUU